UUGUCAAUUGGUGACACUCAUUAUGCGGCGCGAUUCCAGCCAAGUAAACGUCAUGGUGUAUGCUAUUGCUAAACGAGACCUCGCCCGAUUUCAGACUGAAUGUGUUCUCAAAAGUGCGCUUUGUUCAUGGGUGUGUUCGCUAUAUCUUGUUCUAAUUUGGAUAACUGACUCUCUGAGUUGGACAUCUUUAUUAUAAGAUUUUUGUUUUGCCUUGAGAGAUUUUAAUGUCGAACGUAUACAAGUAACUUCUGGGGGAAAUCACUCUAAAAAUAAAAGAAUUAAAAGGCAUUAGACAACCUGAACGUCAUAAACCCGCAUAAUUUUAAAAAAUUCAACAGAGCGACAAUGAAAUAGAAAUUUUUUUUAGCAACCAAAAGCUCUAUAUUUUCUGAUGGAUUCAUGAUGUGAGGAAUUCAAACAUUUUCAUUCCUAUUAUGUUCCUUAAGAAUAGAUUCCAAAGACUUGAACGGUAAGGUCAUCAAGUGCAAGGUGUUCCUUAUGAUUUCAUUGAUCUGAAAAUUCUUGGAUUAAAACUGUACAUUUUAAGGGGCUUUCAUGCAGUGCGAUGACGAACCAAGAUGGCGAGAGGCGGUGAGGCAAAAAAUGGAGUCGGAAUUAAGUCGCCGUGUCCGAGAGGCUUUGGAGACGCCUCCCCUGGAGCGAAUGCAGAGGCGGAGCCAUUUAGCCAGGCAGCAGAAGGACAUCUCCGACCUCAAUGCGCACCUCAUUCUUGACCUGACAGAGAAAGAGAGGGAUUAUUUACGGACAAAACAAUGGAAAGCUCUUCAGCUGAAGAAACAGCCAGGGACAGAAAACUCUCAGAGAACUCAACAGAUGGAACUACUUUUCAAGGAUCAGUUGGCCAGAUCCAAUCAUGAUGAAUAUCCUGGAGUUAUGGGCCUUGACAGUCUCUCUGAAGGCAUCAAGGACAUCAGAGACGUGUACAGCGUCUCUGUCAAUCGUUUUAAAGUGAUGAAACCCAAAGCUCGCCAUUUUUAUACCAAGGAAGGAAUGAGGAAAGCCUUGAAAUCGGGACGGGUUCCGACCGGAACGCAAUUCCUAGAUGAGGCCGGAACUUACAUGGACAAAUAUGGAAUCGUCAGAGGGAAUGAUGGACCAUACUGGCCAGUGGAAUGUAUGCCACUCUUUCCUACCCCAAGAUUCAGGUGGUGGACAGAUCUUGAGCCAGAGCCGUUGUCUGACCAGAUACCUGCUAACAACAAAACAGUAGAGUCUCAGAACACAGUAUUCCGGGGCAAGUGGAGAGGUACACAAGUUGCCUUUGACUCAGAACGCAGCGUAAGGGACGCCCAACAACUGCCUGUGCCAGAAGGGUGUUGCCCCACCCUUGGAUUUGAGUCUCGCUUCGAGUGUGGCAAUUUGAGGCAGGCCAGAAGAGUGGGUCAAUAUGAGUAUGAACUAGUCCUUAAAACUGACCUCUAUACACAGAGGCACACACAAUGGUAUUACUUCCGAGUCACAAAUGUCGUUCCUGGAGUAGCUUACAAGUUUAUGAUAGUCAAUCUUCUGAAACGAGACAGUCUUUACAAUCAUGGCAUGCGUCCGUUGGUUUAUUCAGAAAAAGAUGCACAAGAAAAACACAAAGGCUGGAGUAGAACUGGUCACCACAUUAGCUACUCUAGAAAUGUUAUGAAUCAUCACAGCCCACUAUUACAAAGAGGUAUUACAUAUUACAUGUUGGAAUGGCAGAUGGAGUUCCCCAACGCAGAUGAUACCUACUACCUGGCUCACUGUUACCCGUACUCUUUCACUGACCUAAAAGAAGACUUGGAAGUCCUAUUGAACAACGAAGAAAGGUCGCAGGUCACUAAAAGGGAGGUGCUGUGUGAGAGCAGAGCAGGAAAUAGCUGCUUCCUGUUGACAGUCACAAAUUUUAAUGUUGAAGACGCUAAGAAGGCUGUAGUUAUAACUGCCAGAGUUCAUCCUGGUGAGAGCCAGGCCAGCUGGAUGAUGAAAGGUCUGCUAGAGUUUAUCACUGGGCCAGAUCCUGUGGCUAGGGAAUUACGAGACAAGUUCAUUUUUAAAGUUGUACCUAUGAUCAACCCUGAUGGUGUCAUAGUUGGAAACUACCGGUGCUCUCUCGCAGCGCGGGAUUUAAACAGAAAUUAUCGUCACCCUUGGAGGGAGAAGUUUCCCACUGUCUGGCAUGUUAAAAAGAUGGUAGAGGAGCUGUCCCAAACUUAUGAGAUUUUGUUAUAUUGUGAUCUUCAUGGUCACAGCAGGAAACCAAAUGUGUUCAUGUAUGGCAACAACACCUCAGCCGAGAGUGACCCCUCCGCUCACACGAUGGCAAAAGCAUUUUUAGCAGAGAGACUAUUUCCAUGGCUCAUGUCAGUCAGGAGUCCAGAGAAAUUUCAUUUUAAGUCAUGUAAGUUCAACAUCAGGAAAUGUAAAGAGUCCACGGGGAGAGUGGUCAUGUGGCGACAGAUGAGAAUCUACAACAGUUUCACUCUGGAGGCAACAUUCAGUGGGACUGUUCUAGAUAAGUCCAGAGGAAGGCAUUUUAACAUCUUGGACUUCAUGGAGAUGGGGAAAAUUCUUGCAGAGGCUGUAAUGGACUAUCACAAAGUUCAAGAAGAUGAAGCAAAACAAACAAAGACUAUAAGGGAGUUAACUAAAGCUGUGACUGAGCAGAUUUUAACAGCUAGAGGAUUAAUAGAUGCUGGAUCUUCACUGACAGAAGAGAAUCCAAAUGAAGUGCCCCCGAAGACAAAUGAGAAAUGGACAGAGGCCUUACUUACAUACUUGAACACCCCAAGAAGUGAGGUUUUAAACUUGGAGGAGGAUGCAUCAGGAGGUCAAACUUCUGAGUCCAGUCAACCACACAACCAGGUGCUGUAUUCCAAAGGGGAUGCUCUGCAGAUGCUAGAGCAGCUGACCACUGGCCAGAAUAUGGACGCAUGUCUUAAUGUCCUUGCUCAGCUGGAUGUAACCUCAACCAUGGAGGAAUCAGAUUCCAGCGACAGUGACAGUGAAUCAGACCCUGAGAUGCGAGCCCCUGAGUCAAAGUCCAAGCGUAAGAAACGAAAGUCCAAGAAAAAUCGUGACAGAGAUGCAGCAAGGCGUCAGAGCAGUAUUUGGGAGAAGAAGUCUCUUGAUGAGCAAAAAAAUAAAUCCCUAUCUGCUCUGCCAGUACUCAGUGCGAUCACAAAGUCAUCAGGGAACAGCACUGCUACAGUAGUGGCUGAGAGCUCAGACUCUGGCUCUAACAGACAGGCUGUCGCAGCUUCUGACAAGUUGACUAAAGCGAGGAGUGUGUCUGGCUUUGUCAGCAAGUAUGAAGGGAGACACAACAAUGGUCUCCCUUGUUUUACAGAAGAGAGAUCUAUGGAGAGAGCCGCCAAGAAAAUAGCUGAAAGUAGACAGAGAUAUGAAGCCAAGAGAAAUAAAGAUCUUUCUGUUUAUUAUGUGGAUGAAGAUGGCAUGCACCAAGUAUUUGAGGAUGGCCUGAAUCUUAAUCUGGGAGAUCUUGGAUACUUCAGGCCAACUAGCUCAGCAGGGCUGAAUGCCAGAGUGGGCUACACUCAUGCAGAUAAUUUACCAGAAUCAAAUCCUCAGUCUCUUCAGCCUUCAUCUAACUUUUCAGAGCCACGACAGAAUGGAUUUAAUUAUGAAAAUAGUUCAACGGAUAGUUCUGAGAGCCUGGAAGAAAGCAUCAACACUACAGCUUUGGGAGCUAGCAAUAAGAAUCAGUUCUCCAGUCUACCCAUGUCAGCAAAGAGAAAUCCAUACCAACAUCUAGAGCCUCUAGAAGCUAAGAGCCUCAUGGACGCUUCACCUAUAGCCAAGCUUUCAUACUUAUCUCAUGGUCUCAGACCCGGAUUGGGUAACAAGGCCACAAGUUCCGCGACAUCAACGACACCUGUACCACCAGCACCACUUGGUCUUGCACCACUGCCUUACCACCACCGUCUUUCAGCCCCGGAGUCGUUAUCUUCAGCUCUGUCCACUAUGCAAAUUCCAGUUGGCAGCACACGUAGUCGAUAUGGAGAGCAGAAGAUGAGCUCAGUUGGCGUGCUGAGGCAGAUCAAGGAAAGUGCUAAUGAAGACAUUGACGCUGAAAACUGUCCCCGGGAGCUCGGAGAACAAAUCUCAACCUUUAACAACGAUGCCUGCAAUAUAGCUGUUGCUAAAGACACUAGUCUAUCAGUCAACAACCAUUUCAAAUCAAGAAAUAUAGAACAAAUGGUGAAUCACUUGAGUCAAAACCUGUAUGUGAGUCCUGUUGUCAAAGGCACAUAUUUAGACAGGAGUUCUCAAAAUAAGUUGGACUUGCCACUUCCCAUGACUAGACCACUCAUGACCCCAGGCAUACCACCAGACAGCCGAUCAAUUAUUUCUGUGUCCAAAUCAAGGCGGGAAGAAAAAAGAUUUCUAGUGGAAUGAUAAAGUAUCAGAUUUACAGAGUUGAGGAUAAUCUACUUCCUGGCCCAAGCCUCCCGCAGAACCACAGGGGACAGCAGCGGGCAGGGUAUGAACCUGGGACUAUCCUGACGACCCAACAAGAGUCCAGCACAACCCGGCAGCCAUCAAUUCCCUGUGUGUAUUAUAGUUCAAUUUUGGUGUUUGUGUAGAAUUGUUGACCAGAGGUUUGUUACUAUUUUAUGAAAAAAGAAUAUUUAAAAUUAUUUUGAUAGGUAACUGAAAUGGUUUAUUUAUUUCUUUGUAACUGCCAUCAUUGUUUGUGUUAGUGGGACAUAUUUUAUUGUUUUUUUUUGUCUGCUGGAAAUGCUGAAUGAGUUGCAAUAUAAUCGUAACAUCUAUUCUUAUGACUUUUUGUGUGUUUUAUUGUGGACACUGUGAUACACAUGUAAAUAAAAAUGUAUUUAUUCUACUUUAAAUCAAAAUAUUUAUAUACAUAUGAAUGUGAACUAUUUAUAAAGUAUUAGUAAAGAGGUGGAGUUUGAGAUUUACAAACUAUUUGAAUAAUAAAAGUAUUUUGCAUCAAGGGGAA